CAGAAAAUGUCCAUCGAUGCUCGUUCGUCCUUCGCAAUCACUUCGAUACGUGCAUUGGCAUUGGCGGCCUCUUACAAAGUCUUGAAUUCCAUCAGUCCACCUUUUUCCAAACCUCUCAUAGCGGCGCAAUCAUGAUGCCGUCCAUAAAGCGACAGGCGUCCGACAGCUUUAGCCAGCCACAGUCUCUCGUCAAGAGGCAGAAGUCCAAUUCAGACCUUAACGAGAGUCGAGCCCUGACAGUUGGCGGCAAAGGCCAGGAUGGAGCUCUUGUACCAUCAUCAAUGCGAACGAGCGCACUCGCUGCGCCCAUCAUGGAAUUGACAGGUCACUCCGGCGAAAUCUUUGCCGUGAGAUUCGAUCCUACAGGUCAACAUAUCGCCUCAGGCUCAAUGGAUCGAUCGAUAAUGCUCUGGAACACGUACGGACAAUGCGAGAACUACGGAGUCAUGACGGGACACAAAGGAGCGGUGCUGGACCUACAGUGGUCACGAGAUUCCAGAACGAUAUAUUCAGCAUCUGCUGAUAUGACGGUCGCAAGCUGGGACCUCGAAAUGGGCCUGAGGAUACGAAAGCAUGUCGGUCAUGAAGAGGUCAUAAAUUGCCUGGACUUGAGUCGGAGGGGACAAGACUUACUCCUGAGCGGCAGCGACGAUGGCUGCAUAGGGAUAUGGGAUCCUCGUCAGAAAGCCGCGGUCGACUACAUUGAGACUGACUUUCCCAUCACGGCGGUAGCUAUGGCCGAGCAAGGCCACGAAAUAUAUUCCGGUGGCAUUGACAACGAUAUCAAAGUAUGGGAUGCUCGCAAGAUGGAGGUAACAUAUACUCUGGCCGGUCACGGAGACACCAUAACCUCGCUAGAGGUUUCGCCAGACUCGCAGACAUUGUUGUCCAACUCUCAUGAUUCGACUGUACGAACCUGGGAUAUCCGACCUUUCGCACCAGUGGACAGAGCUGUGCGCACAUACGACGGCGCGUCUGCAGGAUUCGAGAAGAAUCUCAUACGGGCCAGUUGGAGUCCGAAGGGUGAUAAAAUCUGUGCUGGCUCCGGUGAUAGAACGGUGGUAGUAUGGGACACUCGAUCUGCCAAAUUGCUGUACAAACUACCUGGGCACAAAGGCACGGUGAAUGAUGUACGGUUUUCACCUACUGAAGAAACGAUCAUUGCUUCUGGCUCGACUGAUCGAAAUAUCGUUCUUGGUGAGCUAGGAAGAUGAUGAAGCACCCUGCAAAAGAGAGCCUCCGGAUGUUGUCAACUACCACUUCGAUCUGGUGUAUUUGCAGAUCACGCAGACCUGCCUCCGAGCGAAAACCUAUACCGAGCGUAUAGACCUGGCCACUCAGUUUUUGGCUUGUGUUUUUCAGCACAGUGACGAUCCAUGUGAAAGGGUUAGCGGGUGCCGGUCUCGUGUGCUAAUGACACUCGAGUCUUCAUCACACCUUGAUGCCGCAUGGGAGUGCUGGGAUUUUUGCCAGCCAAACAGAUUGAGUAAAGCCCCCCCUGCUUGAGGAGCGACGAAGCCCAGCUGGAUUUUGGACUCGCUAUAGGCUGAGACUUGGGAUUGCCACUGACCAUCUGGAGCCAGUGUUUUUGGAAGGCAAAUCCGCGACCAAAACAUGGCUAGACACGUAUGAUAAGCAAGAACGUGGGUGCCUACUGCCCAUUGGCCGAUCUGAAACGGUUGGAGUCAAAUACACCGCUACGGGUAGGCGUACGCAUGAAUCAAUCUCGGUAGGAUGCAGGCAGACGGAGAUCUAUGUAGUCACGGCACGGCACCAUCGUUUUCGAAGAUCUGCUGCGCUCACAGGUCAUCCCGUUUAAAGGAGGGUGAUGCUGCCAUGUGCUCACUCCCGGCUUAGGCGAGCCGGGUGGAUGAUGACUUGUGCCUCGUUUUAGGAAGAGGGAGAGUGAUUGAUAUUAUUUCGUGAGCUGCUCCUAAGAGCACAUUUUCUCAUAUCUCGUCUUCCAUAGGC